GGCGGACGGGCGGAGGGGGCGGGAGGCCCCGCGGCUCCGGGCUCCGCUGUCGCGGGCAUCGGAUCGGAGCCGCCGGGACGCGGGCGGCCCAGCCACACCAGGAGCUGAAGCCAUGGCCUCAAAGCCUGAGAAGAGGGUGGCAUCAUCUGUCUUUAUCACCCUGGCACCCCCACGCCGCGAUGUGGCUGUGGCGGAGGAAGUGAGGCAGGUGGUUUGUGAGGCCCGGCAUGGCCGCCCCUGGGAGGCUCCUGCCCCAGUGAAGACACCCGAGGCUGGCUUGGCGAGGAGGCCCAGCCCCUGGACACCCUCUGGCAAGGCUGCAACCACAGUGCCAGCUGCACCUCUGCAGCUUUCCAAUGGAGGAUGCCCACCCCUUCCUCCUGUCCUGGAUGGUGAGGAUGUGCUUCCUGACCUGGACCUCCUCCCGCCCCCUCCACCGCCUCCUCCGGUGCUCCUACCUUCUGAAGAGGAGGCUCCUGCUCCAAUGGGGACCUCACUCAUUGCAGACUUACAGCAGCUGCACCUGUCCCCGCCCCUGCCCCCGCCCCCACCACAGGCCCCAGCGGAGGGACCUUCGGUCCAGCCCAGUCCCCUCAGGCCCGUGGAGGAAGAGCUGCCACCUCCUCCAGCAGAACCUGUUGAGAAAGAGGCAUCCACAGACAUCUGUGCCUUCUGCCACAAGACCGUGUCCCCCCGAGAGCUGGCUGUGGAGGCCAUGAAAAGGCAGUACCAUGCCCAGUGCUUUACGUGCCGCACCUGCCGCCGCCAGCUGGCUGGACAGAGCUUCUACCAGAAGGAUGGGCGACCCCUCUGCGAACCCUGCUACCAGGACACGUUGGAGAAGUGCGGCAAGUGUGGCGAAGUGGUCCAGGACCACAUCAUCAGGGCCCUGGGCCAGGCCUUCCACCCCUCCUGCUUCACGUGUGUGACCUGCGCCCGGUGCAUUGGGGAUGAGAGCUUUGCCCUGGGCAGCCAGAACGAGGUGUACUGCCUGGAUGACUUCUACAGGAAAUUCGCCCCCGUCUGCAGCAUCUGUGAAAAUCCCAUCAUUCCUCGGGAUGGGAAAGAUGCCUUCAAAAUCGAGUGCAUGGGAAGAAACUUCCAUGAAAAUUGCUAUAGGUGUGAGGACUGCAGGAUCCUCCUGUCUGUUGAGCCCACGGACCAAGGCUGCUACCCCCUGAACAACCGUCUCUUCUGCAAGCCGUGCCACGUGAAGCGGAGUGCUGCGGGGUGCUGCUGAGAGUACCUGCUGGGCAGUGAAUGGACCACUAGCCCCGGCUGGGGCCCUUCCCUUACUUGGUUUCCCUUCCUGACCUGCUCUUGCACACUUUCCUUCUGAGCCUCCAUGGGGACCAGCCUGCAAGUCGGCCCAGCCUGUCCAGGAUACAGUGGGGCUGAGUAUCCCCAGGCCUUCCACUCCUCCUCUACCCUCUGGGCAUCAGAAGUCUCCUGAACCAUGAGCGUCACCCCCGGAAUUCCCUGCUGACCCCACUCCACUUCCAGGGAAAAGCUGGGGGAAGUUGGACCCCUCUCACUGACUAGCUGUCUGGUAGGGGUGCUGGGACCAGCCUGGCUUGCAGGGUUGAGCUAUUUGAGGAACAACUCCAAGGUCCCUUAAAAAGGGCUUUUUAGAGGCUGGGCAGGGUGGCUUACGCUUGUAAUCUCAGCACUUUGGGAGGCCAAGGUGGGUGGAUCAUUUGAGAUCAGGAGUUCAAGACCAGCCUGGCCAACAUGGUGAAACCCUGCCUCUACUAAAAAUACAAAAACUAGCUGGGCAUGGUAGCAGGUGCCUGUAAUCCCAGCUACUGGGGAAGCUGAGGCAGGAGAAUCACUUGAACCUGGGAGGCAGAGGUUGCAGUGAGAUUGCACUGCAGCCUGGGUGACAAGAGGGAAACUCUGUCUCAAAAA